AUGAGGAGCGCACUAGUGGUAUGGCUGUCUCUUGUCGUCAUGGCUGCAGCCGCCGCCGCCGCCGUCGACGAUAAACCGGAGCCGAGGCCGGUGAUCACUCCAAAGCCACAGCCACAGCCACAGCCCGAUCCAACACCAGAGCCCACUAAACCAAAGCCCAUGCCGCAGCCCGAGCCGCAGCCGCAGCCGCAGCCUGAUCCAACACCAGAGCCCACUAAACCAAAGCCCAUGCCGCAGCCGCAGCCUGAUCCAACACCAGAGCCCACUAAACCAAAGCCACAGACACAGCCCGAGCCGCAGCCACAGCCCGAGCCGCAGCCACAGCCACAGCUGAAGCCGGAGCCUCAGCCGGGCCCGGGCAAACCCAAGCCGAAGCCGCCAGCGGACUUGCCGGGCACGCCCGGUCCUUGA